AUGUCAUACCAAAGACCUCCCAUGCCUUUGCCGGAAGAACUCAGCAUGCUCGAAAUUGGUGAUAAACCACCAGGCCAUUCACAAUCUCUCUCGACCUUCCUUCCAGCUUUUAGGUUUGCUCGACCGCCAGCUUUGCCACCCAGGCCCCCAAAACCAGUUGGAGAGACAACUAACAAUAAUGCGUUUUAUUAUGAUAGGCUAAACACCAACGAAAUGUCAGCUUCAACUCAAGCCGAUAAUAUUUUCCAAUCCCCCAUUUCCACGGACGCGCCUCUCAGCAUGUUCUCGAGAAUCUCGCAUCCGCUUUCCGUUCCUUCAAAUACGACCACAAAUGGCAAAGCCACAGAAACCAAUAAGUUUUAUGGAAACAUGUUAAUUGGUGAUCAAACCAAUCCUGCAUGGACUCAUCCAUACUCGUUUUAUUGGUCGAAAGACUCCUAUCUUGGAAUGGCCGUCUCGUACAUCAGCGCCUCUCAAAAAGUCUUUGCAAGCGGGAGCCCUCCAGAAUACUUUUUUGGUCCCGGUGGUCUCAGAUCUUUUGUUUUUGGUGCCGUUGACUUCUCCGCGGUCGACCAAAUGUCGCUAGGUUUCACGAACUUGACACAUCUACAAGCGCAUGUUAAAGUUCUCAAGAACCAAAAUCAAUUUAUCCUAGUCCCACUUGUUCAAGGUAUGGGCUUUGCUACGGCGGUAUAUUACAACAUGAUCCCCAAGCUUUUCUCACCAAUUGGUUACAAAAGCGUGGUCGGUGUCACUUCGCCCCGUUCCGGCAUUCAAAAGUACAAGAUUGUAUUGCAAAACAAUGUUACCUGGUCACUAUACGUCACCGUUCCCUCUGGACAAUCCCUAGCGUUGGCCUUGUCCAACGCAAAUCAAAUUGUUGGUAACAAAAGCGUAAAUGGAUGCAUUUUCCAGCUUGUUCCAGACACCAACUCCGCUAUCGAUGCUGCUGCAGGCUGCUAUCCGAAUAGCGGAACCCUCUCGGGAUCUGUGUCUGGAACUACUGGUCAGUAUACUAUCGCAUACGGCUUAAGUGGCUCGAGCAAUGGUGGAAAGACCUUGAUGUACGCAUGUCCUCAUCAUGUCGCGUCUUUUACUUCUGCUAUGUCAAGCAGAAGAAUUAAUUCAAACCUGGACUCAGUGACCAUGGGGUCAAUGACUGGAUACUUGACCCAAUCCUUCGAAAUGCAAGUUAAUGUGCCCUCGCAGAUUAGCUUUGAUCCCUAUUCCGCCAUUUCCGGCAAGUCAUCGCCCCAAUACUCAAGCAGUGUACUGAAUGCCAUAUCUGCUGCUGCUCAGUCGGAAGCGACCGGUGACGUCAUAAGCGACUCUAACGUUGACUCCAUGUACACUGCUGGUAAAGUGCUGGCCAAAUACGCAUGGACUCUUUACGCCUGCCAGUACGUGAUUAAAAACCAGAGUUUGGUCAACACAUUGAAGGCCAACCUAAAGUCGGCGUUUGCAAGAUUCACCGCAAACAACCAGCAAUUGCCUUUGAGAUAUGACACUACCUGGGGUGGUGUUAUCUCGUCGGGAAGCUCUUCUCAAGAUUAUGGUAACUCUUACUACAAUGAUCACCAUUUCCACUAUGGCUAUCAUGUUAUUGCUGCUGCUAUUCUUGCCAAAGUGGACGCAGCUAACGGCGGUAAUUGGCUGAGUCAGAAUAAAACCUGGGUCGAAAAUCUUUUGAGAGACUACUCGAACCCAAAUUCUGGCGAUCAGUACUUCCCAGUGUUCAGAUCUUUUGACUGGUUCGCUGGCCACUCGUGGGCCAAGGGUCUUUUCCCCAGCGGGGACGGCAAAGACGAAGAAUCUAGCUCUGAGGACGUCAACGCUGCAUACGCUCUAAAAAUGUGGGGUAAUGUUACUGGAAACCAGAAUCUGGAAAACAUUGGUAAUCUUGAAUUGGGUAUCAUGAAAGGCUCUCUCAACAGUUACUUUCUGUACCAGGACAACAACACUGUCGAGCCUUCUCAGAUCAUCCCUAAUAAGGUCAGUGGGAUUUUGUUCGAAAAUAAAAUUGACCAUACGACUUACUUCGGGACUGAGCUACAAUACAUUCAAAUGAUUCAUGCUAUCCCGAUUACGUCCAUAUCGAGCUAUAUUCGCUCUCCUACAUUCGUUGAAGAGGAAUGGAAUCAGAAAUUGGCAGGAAUUGUUAACAAUGUUCAAGAUGGGUGGAAAGGUAUUAUAAUGCUAAACAGGGCUCUAUCGAAUCCUUCUGACUCGUAUAACUUUUUUUCAGGCUCGGGCUUUUCCAACAACUACUUGGAUAAUGGACAAAGUAAGACUUGGUCUUUGACUUAUUCAGGUGCUUUCAUAUGA